CUAUAGAAAAACGAUUACAGAAUAUUAGAGUGCGAUAAUGGAUGACUCCAGUUUUCAGGAUUGGACGCCAGUAAUAGUAAAUAAACGAAGUUCAAACAGAAAGAAACCUGCAGCAGGGCCAGUAUCUUCACAGAACAGCGGUGAAGUCAUUGUAGAAAAGAAAUUUGGUGUAGGAACAAAUAAAAAGGCCACUGGAAGAAACUUGGCAAAACUAGAAGAAGAAACGGAAGAGUUUCACUUACCAAAGGUGUCACUGAGUCUUGCCAAACAAAUACAACAAGCAAGGAACGCCAAGAAGAUGACUCAGUCGGACCUUGCAAAAGCAGUAAAUGAGAAGGCUUCCGUUAUUAAUCAGUACGAGAGAGGUGAGGCUAUUCCAGAAGUAUCUGUACUAGCAAAGCUUGAAAAAGUGUUGGGUGUGAAGUUGAGAGGCAAGAAAUAAAAGUUGUUUCGGUUGAAGAUUCUUGAGAA